UCAGCAAUCUGCUACUCCAUUGCCUUUCCAUGGCCACAAAACUUCCGUUGUUGCUCGUGAUUCUUCUGUCUUUAACUUCAUUUGGUUCCCAAACUUUGUAUGUCCAUGGGUUCUAUAUUAAAGAAGCUACAAUCUCUGACCUCCAACAAGCUUUCAAACAAAACCAACUCACUUCAAGAAAACUUGUUGAGUUCUACCUUCAAGAAAUCCGCCGGCUCAACCCUCUCCUCAGCGCCGUCAUAGAGGUCAACCCGGACGUGCUUUACCAAGCUGAUAAGGCCGACUAUCAGCGAAAGAGUAAGGGCCCCAAUUAUUACUCUGGGUUGCAUGGCAUUCCGGUUUUGCUCAAGGACAACAUUGGAACGAAAGAUAAGCUGAACACGACUGCUGGCUCGUUUGCGCUGCUUGGUUCCGUGGUGCCUCGGGAUGCUGGCGUGGUGACCAGGUUGAGGAAUGCCGGUGCCAUCAUAUUGGGGAAGGCUAGCUUGAGUGAGUGGGCUCACUUUAGGUCUCUUGCAGCACCUGCUGGUUGGAGUCCCAGAGGUGGCCAAGGAAAGAACCCUUAUGUGCUAUCAGCAACUCCAUGUGGCUCAAGCAGUGGACCUGCAAUUUCAGCUGCGGCAAAUUUGGUAGCAGUAACUCUGGGGACUGAGACUGAUGGCUCAAUACUUUGUCCGGCAAGUUUCAACUCUGUAGUGGGCAUCAAACCAACCGUUGGUCUCACCAGCCGUGCUGGGGUGAUCCCGGUAACUCCCAGACAGGACACCAUUGGACCCAUCACAAGGACAGUGUCAGACGCGGUUGAUGUUCUUGACGCCAUUGUAGGCUAUGACUACAACGAUCAAGCAACCCGAGAGGCGUCCAAGUACAUUCCGCGUGGUGGCUAUAAACAAUUCCUUCAGAGAUAUGGACUCAAAGGUAAGAGAUUGGGAAUCGUCAGGAAUCCGUUCUUCACUUCUGGCAGCGGAUCUCUCCAACUUAAAUCGUUUGAGAAACAUUUCAAGACUCUAAGGCAAGAAGGUGCUGUAUUGGUAGACCAUCUAGAAAUAGCUAACAUUGAUGUUAUAUUGAACUUCAAUUUGAGUGGGGAAGCCAUAGCUUCACUGGCUGAGUUCAAACUAGCCUUGAAUGCGUAUUUAAAAGACCUAGUAGUAUCUCCGGCUCGAUCUUUAGCAGAUGUAAUUGCCUUCAACCUCAAGUUCUCGGGUGUGGAAAUGAUCAAGGAAUUUGGGCAAGAUAUUUUUCUUGCAGCCCAAGCAACAAAUGGGAUAGGUAACAAUGAAAAGGCAGCAUUGUUGAAUUUGGCAAAGCUGACAAAGGAUGGAUUUGAGAAAUUGUUGAAGGACAACAGGUUAGAUUCAUUGGUGACUCCUGGUUCAGAUGUUUCACCCGUGCUUGCAAUUGGGGGAUUCCCAGGAAUCAGUGUCCCUGCUGGGUUUGACAAGAAGGGUGUACCUUUUGGGAUAACAUUUGGGGGACUGAAGGGUUCUGAGCCAAAGCUUAUACAGAUUGCCUAUGGCUUUGAGCAAGCUACUAAAGUUAGAAAGGCUCCUACAUUUCUGCCUUGAAGCUUUAGAGUUAUUGUUUUCGAAUCGUGAACGGUGAUGUAUUGUAAUAUCUAUAAAUGAGCUAAGAGCAUUCCACAUUAAAGAA